CAACAGGCUGGGGGCUGAAGGAGGAGCCAGGGGGAGGAAACCCUGCAGAGCCUCCCCUCCCCCGCCUCCGCGCCCCCCUGCUGGCUCCGCCCCUUGCCGCCCCCUCCUGGGUGGUAGAAAUACAGCCGCAGCCGGGGCCACCACCCACUGCGCCCCUACCCGACCCAGACCCGGCACGGACCUGACCACCCAGAACCAGCAGAGCCAUUUUCCGUGCUCCUCGCCAAUGGCUGACCAAUUCUUUCAGUGCAAAUCGUGGGACACCGAGCAGCUUUGCCAAGACCCCGACGCUAACUCCGAAGGCCUGUUUGACAAGCCUCCCCCAGAAGAUCCCCCCGCCGUCCGCGGGCCCAAGUCGGCGGCCUGGGCCUCAGGGAAGAAGGCUGGUCGGCGCGCAGGCGGGAGGGCGCAGGGGGCCCGCUCCGGGCAGCCCCCCAGGGCCGCAGCGCGCUCCUCUCCCCGGGAGGAGACACCUCCACUGGACGAAGGCUGCUAUCUCGACCAUUUUCCGCACCUCUCCAUCUUUAUCUACGCGGCCAUCGCCUUCUCCAUCACCUCCUGCAUCUUUACCUAUAUCCAUCUACAGCUUGCCUGA